AUGACUGCUGAGGCUGCUUUAAAGCCCAGUAAAGCCUUAGUCGGAGUGCAUGGAGUCCGUUUGGUCUCUCAUUUUCCGUUUACCUUCCAAGAGAUAAAACAACAUGGGGAUAUCGAUGAGUCGCCCUGUGGUUCCUCCCAUUCUGGGAGCGGCCAAAGGCUUAUUUUCCAGAAGGUCUGGCAUCAAAGACCUGCCUGUUUGAGGCCCAUUCAUUGUAACCAUAGUGGUGAUAAAAACAUUACUGAAACAGUUGUAAAUGUUCUUACUUCACUUCCCUUUAUUGUUCUUGGACUCCAAGCUCCAAGGAAAAACUUGAAUUGUAAAAUCUACGCAAAUUCUUUAAUUGGUGUAGGAGUUGCAUCAAGUUUUUAUCAUGCUUCGAGAGGGAAAAUAAGGAAGUAUCUCAGAUGGGCUGACUACACCAUGAUAGCCACAGCUACAGUGUGCCUAUCAAGAGCAAUCAGAAACGAGAACCCAAAGUUGCUGAUGGCGGCAUCUGCCUUCUUUCUGCCCAUACAGCCUCUGAUGGUCUCAGCUGUACAUACUGGGAUGAUGGAGGUUGCAUUUGCUAAGAGAGCAUUUGAAGAUCCAGAGCUGAGGAUGGCCCAUAAUGUCCAUAAGAUGUCGUCAUUAUUAGGCGGAGCACUUUUCAUUGCCGACGACCUUUUCCCUCAAACUCCAUUUCUUCACGCUGCUUGGCACCUUGCUGCCGUUAUUGGUGUAAGCACUUGCAACAAGCUCUUGUAG